AUGCAACCGAACAAAUUGAAAACGAGAAACCGGUCGAGCUCGUUGCACGUCCUCACCAAUGGCAUGCAAUUAGAGAAGGAUGUGAACCACCAUUUGACGGGGCCAUUCCUGCCUCAAACUCCACUUGGUUCGGCGGCUUCGUCGCGUACUGCGUCGCCCGUGCCCCCCUACAAGAAACUUCCGCCUCCCCAGCCCUCCGCCUUACUCACUUGGGCGAUUGAUCCAUUGGUCGCGUUUAAGAUUCUCAUAGUGCCAGUCAUUCUUUACAUUAAUUGGGACCUCAUCACCCCGUUCGUCGAUCCUUCGCUGCAAAGUCGAAACCCAUUUGCGCCGCUCUUCCUGCUCUCGCAUCGCGUGCCGGCCUCCUCAGAGGAAGACCCGAGAUACCAAAAAGGAUACCUAGACCUAUUAUUCAUCGCCUACUACAUCGUAUUCUGGUCGUGCAUUCGCCAAAUCAUCACCGUCAACAUCUGCAAACGCAUCUGCCACUACUUUGGUAUCAAAAAGCAGGUGAAGAUAGAAAGAUUUGGUGAACAGGGAUAUGCUUUCGUGUAUUUCGCCUUUUUCGGCGCGUGGGGUUUCAGGAUAAUGUCCCAACUCCCUUCGUUCUGGUACCGUACGGAGCAUUUUUGGCUCAACUACCCUCAUUGGGACAUGAAACCUGAGCUGAAGUGUUAUUACCUCGUACAAAUGGCAUACUGGUGGCAACAGCUCAUCGUGAUGGUGCUGGGUCUCGAGAAACCCCGCAAAGACUACCGCGAACUUGUCGCUCACCAUGCCGUUACAUUGUGGCUUGUGGGAUGGAGCUACCUCGUCAAUCUUACCUUCAUCGGCAACGCGGUGUACAUGAGCAUGGAUAUUCCGGAUACUUUCUUGGCGUUCUCCAAGCUGCUCAAUUACCUCCAACGGGAGACGGCCAAGAUGGUAGUCUUUGCGGGCCUUCUUGUCACCUGGUCUUACUUCCGCCUUUGGUUGAACCUUAGAAUACUCUGGUCGGUGUGGAAUGAAUUUGAUCUAAUCCCAGAUGAGGCAAAACAAUGGUACCCAGAGUCAGGCGCCUGGCUCGUUUGGUGGAUGAAAUACCAAAUCUUCACACCGUUGCUCUUGUUGGAAUUCCUUAACCUCUUCUGGUAUUACUUGAUAUUGCGUAUCGCUUAUCGAGCAAUUACGACGAAUACGGCAACUGAUGAUCGCUCCGACGACGAAGACGAAGGUGAUGAUGGCAAAGAAGAUUGA